CGCCUUUUCACUGCAUCUAGUAGGCCAGUGCAUCGUCAACCGGUUUGAAAAACUUAAAAUUCGUAGCUCAAAUCGUCGAAAAAAAUCGACUUUUACUUAUUACGUGAAAAUGCAUCUUUUGUAUGAAGUUUUAAUCAAAUGAAGCGCAUAAUAAGAGUGGGAGUGUCGCGCGUAUAACACCUCCAAGCGAAUUCAAUGCGGUUCAGUUCUGGUGCGGUUUGCGUCCGUAUCGCAAUAUCCACAUUUUUUCUCGUUGUUUCGGUUUAGUGGGCCAUGCACGCGACCGUCAUCCGAGUGCAGCGACUCUAACGGAAGACAUUGACCUUCUAGAAGAUAAUUUAGAGACGAGAAGAAGAAGAGUGUCUUAGUCGUGCUCUUGUCGUUUGCAGAAUCACAGCGAAGAAGAAAGAAAUGAACUGAAGACGACAGAAACCGCUACUCUCUUCCAAAAAAAGCACAAAUUUUUCACCCGACUUCCUGUUAGAUGUUGGACGUUGUUUUUUCGAAUUUUUAUUAAAUGGUGUCCGUAAGAAACGAAAUGGCCGCCAUUCAAAACGGAGUUUGUUCGUCGCACACAGGCGUUGCCGAGUUCUACAACGGCAAAACUGUUUUCAUCACAGGCGGCACCGGCUUCAUGGGUAAAGUACUGCUCGAAAAGUUGCUCAGGGCGUGUCCAGGAGUGGCCAAAAUCUACCUUCUCAUCAGGCCCAAGAAGGGCCAAGACGCGCACGAACGCCUAAAACUGCUACUGUGUUCACCGCUGUUUGAUCCGAUUCGGAAGAGUCGUCCGUCGGAUCUGCACAAGGUGUUACCCAUCGAAGGCGAUAUAACACAGCCUGAAUUGGCGAUAAGUUCAAAUGAUAGAUUAACAUUGGCUAGAACCGUCAACAUUGUUUUUCAUAGCGCAGCAACGAUAAAAUUCGACGAAAAAUUGAAAUUAUCGGUGACUAUUAAUAUGCUAGGGACGCAAAGAUUGGUCGAAUUGUGCAAAAGAAUGACGAAUUUGGAGGCUUUGGUGCACGUGUCCACCGCCUACUGCAAUUGCGACCGUAGCGAAGUAAAAGAGACCAUUUACCCGCCACCUAUGGGUCCCGAUCAAGUCACCUCAUUGGUGGAUUGUUUAGAUGAAAGCCUUCUCGAUUCGUUAACGUCACGUCUUGUGGGAAAUCGGCCCAAUACUUAUACGUUUACGAAAGCAUUGGCCGAAUGCUGGUUAAAAGAAAACAAAGGCGAUUUACCAUUGGUUAUCGUACGACCAAGUAUAGUCUUGUGCAGUUUUGGUGGACCUUUAAAAGGCUGGGUUGAUAAUUGGAACGGUCCAACGGGUAUUAUCGCGGCGGCUGGGAAAGGACUCUUCCGGACGAUGUUAUGCGAUCCGGAAAAAAUCGCCGAUCUAGUGCCCGUUGACAUGGUCAUUAAUUUAAUGCUGGUGGCGGCGUGGCGAAUCGGAACGACCAAAACCAAAGACAUGCCCAUUUAUAAUUGUAGCACAGGUCAAAGGAGGCCAAUAACGUGGAAACAUUUUGUCGGUUUGUGCUUCAAAUACAUGAGGAAACACCCAUUUUCGGAUGUCACGUGGUAUCCGGAUGGGACGGUGACGGCGUCCCGAACUUUGAAUAUAAUUAAUAAGUAUUUGUUGCAUUGGUUACCGGCGUAUAUUAUGGAUGGGUUGGUUUGGAUGGCUGGGGGGAAGCCCAUAAUGGUUCGUAUCCAGGAUAAGCUGUGCAAGGCGGCCACGUGCCUGGAGUACUUCACGAUGAACGAGUGGCAUUUCGACGACGAGAACGUGCGCAUUUUGAGCCAACAGUUGAACGAGAAAGAUCGCGAAGAGUUUUGUUUUGACGUGGCAAAGAUCGAUUGGGAACAGUACGUGGAGGACUAUGUUCUCGGCAUCCGACGUUUCAUUUUCAAGGAGGAGUCAUCAUCAAUACCACACGCGCGCCGCCAAGUGUCGCGUCUCUAUUGGUUGUACAGAUGUUUGCAGGUGGCGUCGGUGAUGUGCAUGUGGCAUUUUCUAACGUUACGUUACGCCCCCUUGCGGCAGUUGUGGGGCAACGCCCUCAGACUGCUCAUUCACUUAGCCCGAAUGCUGCCAUUUGUAUAGAUAAUAAUUAGGUAGGGCGUCGCGACGCUUUUCCUCUUCGCCAAUUGGUCCCACUUUCCCCUAUUUUAUCGUGUGUCGUGAGUGUAUUGUAGAUAAUUGUAUGUUACGUCAUAAGUGGGUGAAGGGGAAAAGCAUCGAUUGAUUGAUUGAUUGAUUCGUUUGUGGUUUUUUGCUUUUGAAGCUCAUUCCAGCUGUGUAAGUGAAACCGUUCUUAGGGAAUUUUCAUUUUUCACCAGGGGAAUGUUACUAUUCCUGGUUUUAAGCGAAAAUGUUGCGUCGUUUAUUUAUUUGUUAUUUUUACCAUUGUACUAGUCUUAUAGCAAACUAAAGGGAUCGCUUAGUUGAUAAAUAAAAUUAUUUAUUAUUUAUAUUUGUCGUUCUUGAAUAACAGGUUAAAGUUUUGCCAACUUAAAAAACUUAAAGAUUAUUUAGAUAUAUCUAGUGAGUGUAGGGCGAAAUUGUACGACUUUUGACCAUCAUUUGCUUGUUUUCCACUGAAAUUGUUUCUACAUGAUGUAAUUGUUAAUUUUUAUUAUGAAAUAAAACAAAUCUCUGUUUAAGCGAAUUGAAUUAAAAUAAUAGACUUGUUUA